AUUCUAAUGCCGUAAUGGAAGCUGUUAGAAGCUCGGCGAGCGAAAAUCGUGUUUCUGUGAGUGUUGAAGGAAUUAUUGAAAAAAUACUUGGUAUGAGGUGGCUGCCAAAACCGGAUGUUUUCGUGUUCACUUUGAAAUUGAACAAAGUGCCAGGAGAUAUUUUAGAUUUCUCUCGUAAACCUUCAAAGAGAGAGACCUUGGCUGUUAAUAUGUCAGUCUUUGAUCCGUUCGGGUUUUUGGAAAACUACAUGAUUAUGACAAAGAUUCUGAUGCAGAAUAUAUGGAAAACCAGUAUUGACUGGAACGACCCUAUAACGGACGAGAUCUAUCGUUGGUGGAAGCUGUGGCGAACCGAGCUGAAAAGAGUCGAACAAAUUCGAAUCGAACGCUGCUAUUUUGCAAAUUUUGAGAGAGCGUCGGUGGAAUUGCACAUUUUUGCAGACGCAAGCGAAGAAGCACUUGCAGUUGUAUCGUACUGGCGAGUGGUUGAUAGUGGCAAGGUGAAGGUAAAUUUCGUCGCUGCAAAAACCAGCUGUGCACCUACUCGUUUUCAUACCAUUCCCAAAAUGGAACUAAAAGCUGCAGUUAUGGGUGUUCGAUUAAAAGAAAGCAUCAUCAAAUGCCACGAAGUCAAC